AUGGCCGCUGUCUCAAAGCUGCUCGCCCUCCUUCCCUUCCUUGCCCUCUCCCAGGCGGCUACCAGUGCAGAGUGGAGGUCGAGGUCUAUCUAUCAAAUCAUAACCGACCGCUUCGCCCCCUCGUCCUCAUCCACCUCCUGCAGCCUCGGCUCUACCUCCUACUGCGGCGGUACUUGGCAAACCAUCAUCGACAAGCUCGAAUAUGUCCAGAGCUUGGGAUUUGAUGCGAUAUGGAUCAGUCCGACGGCAUUGGGUGUUGAGGGCAGUACAGAGUAUGGAGAGGGGUACCAUGGUUACUGGACGUCCGACCCGACCAAGCUGAACCCCCAUUUUGGGAACGAGACCGACCUCAAAGCGCUCUCUUCGGCCUUGCAUGAGAGGGGUAUGUACCUCAUGACCGACAUCGCGAUUAACGCCCUCUCUUCCACCUCUUACACGCUCACCUCCGACUCGCUCUCCGCCGCCAACGAUGGUACCCUGCUUUUCAAAGACCCUGCCAACUAUCAUGAGCGGUGUGAGAUCGAUUACAGCGAUGAGGUAUCGAUCAGGCAUUGUUGGUUGGCUGCAGGGGAUGAUAAUGGGGCUGUUGCUAUGUUGGAUCUCAAGACGGAGGAUGACACCGUUGCUGGGGUGUUGAAGGAUUGGGCAAAAGACUAUGUGGACAACUAUGAUAUUGAUGGCUUCAGGGUGGAUGCUAGUAGACAUAUGGGGAGGAAUUUCCAGCAUGAUCUGUGUGAGGCGGCCGGUACGUUCUGUAUCGGCGAGAUCUUUGACUAUACCACCAGUUAUGUGGCAGGGUUCCAAGGCGACAACGCUCUCGACGCCACCCUCGGCUACCCCUUGAAAGCAGGUCUCGUCGACACAUUCACCGGCUCCGAUACCACCUCCACCUUGGCAGGCUACAUCUCCGACGCUGCUCAGUACUACGCCGACCCGUCAGUCAUUGGCAUCUUCUUGGACAACCACGAUCUAGCCCGAGUCAACUCUUUGACCGAUGACAAGACGCUGGUCUGGAAUGCGUUGGUGGGGCAGUUCUUGUAUGGCGGGAUCCCCAUUGUGUAUCAGGGCACAGAGCAAGAUAUUGCCGAUGGGUCUGGGGACCCACAGAACCGCGAAGCGUUGUGGAAUUAUAACGACUAUUCCACCUCCGGAGAGACGUUUGGGAGGAUCCAGAACCUGAACAAGAUCAGGUCUGGGUUGGGAGGGGCGGAUAGUAGCUUCUACGAGAGUGUUGGGUGGGUGUUGUCACAGCAGGAUAGUGAUAUCGCUAUCAAGCGGGGCAAUGCCCUGGCUGUAUUGACCAAGCGAGGUGGAUCGGGGACUGGCACUUGGACCGUCAGCGGCGCCGACUUUGGCAAUUCUGCUUCCAUUGUCGAUCUUCUUUCAUGUGAUUGGUCGACUACCUCGGACUCGGGCGAUAUCACCAUCACCUGGACGGCUGGCCAGCCUUUCGUCUAUGUGACGUCGGACGUCGCCAGUCAAGCUGGUUUGUGUCAGUGA